UAGUUCUCUUUCCGUAAUGCCAUUUGGUGUGGAAAAAGCAUUGUAUCGUGGAGCCAGGCGUUAUCCAAUGACCUCUAAGAGAGGUCAUAAUUACUACAAAGGUACCGGAAGUGGCGCUAUGGGCUGGCAUACAAAGAAAGGUGGUUAUAAAAUUGAUUUAAAAAAAGUUCGGACAUACGUAGUACCCGAUUUAUCCGACUGUAAGUAUAAACCCUACGUUGAACCCGAUGCCAAAAAGGGUAUUAAAUAUGAUCUUUCACCAGGAAAAUAUUUGGAGUUACUGAAAGAAUCUUUGGGAAUAGUAAAUAAACCCAAAGAAGAUGAUACAAUAACAACAGAAUCAACAAUAGCAAAAUCACCUGGCGAACCUGAACAACCAAAAACCGAAAAAAUUUACGAGAGGGAAUCGUUGUUUUAG